GUUUAGCUGCGCCUGCUUGAUAUGUUAGACGCUUGAUAUACCGGAAGCAAUUAUAAACAAACAGCGAGGACGAGGAACUUUCGUCAUGAAAGCAGUAAAUGUUUGACGUUAGUUGAGUAGCGAAGAAGUACACCAGCAACUGAUUUACGGUGAUGAACAUGGAAGACGAAGAGCGGUUAACGUUACAGGUCGGAGGGAACCCGGACUGGAUGUCAAGUCUGCCCGAGCGCCUGCUGGAUGUCCCGCUGUGGAACCUGGCCAUACCCGGGAGCCAUGACAGCAUGUCUUUCUGUCUGGAUGUCUCCUCUCCGGUCCUGAGAUCACAGCCCUGUCUCCUCCGAGUCAUCGACAGGCUGUUCCCCUGCUGGACCCGACCCUGUGUCUACCGCUGGGCCACCACACAGCAAUCGGUCCUCAGUGAUCAGUGUGAUCUCGGUAUCCGUUUCUUGGACCUGCGGAUUGCCAGGAAGCCAGCAGGAGGCAGCAAAUUAUUCUUCGCCCACGGCAUCUACACACUCGUAACUGUGAAGGAGGCUCUGGACGAACUGGCUAUCUGGUUGGACACUCAUCCGAAAGAGAUCGUAGUCAUUUCCUGCUCGCAUUUCGAAUCGCUGACCGACGAAGAUCACUUCAACCUCACCGAGUACAUCAUCACGCUGUUCGGAAAGAAACUCUGCUCCUCACAGGACAUUCCCACUCUGCGUUCCUGUUGGUCCAGAGGCCAGCAGGUCAUUGUUUCCUAUGGCAACCAGCAGAUGGUGCUGCAGCACCCCGAGCUGUGGACUGGAAUACCUUACUGGUACGCCGACAGCACAGAUCCUAAGAGGGUGAUUGCCUACUUGGAGGACCAGCAGCACAGAGGAAGACCAGCUGGUUUUUACGUCAGCGGUCUGAACCUGACAGAAGACGCUGCGUACGUCCUUCUCCAUCCCCUGCAGGACAUGAGGAAGAUGACGACAAGGGCUCUAUCCCUUCUGCUCCGCUGGGCGGGCGAGCAGCAGCCGGGACGGCAGGCGGGCGGGGUCAACAUCCUCUGCUGCGACUUUGUGGACGUCAGUCCAUUCUGCUCGCUCGUGAUUGGCCUCAACUACAAACUGCUGCCGGCGACGCCUCCUGUCUGCAGGAUGCCGCGAGCAUCUUGCUCACAUGUCAUUGGCUGUUGUCAUAGCGAACAGACUGGAGAGCCGACAUAGGAAAACAAAUCAAACUCUGAUUCUCCACUGGGCGCUUCUGCGCUGCGUUCCGGUUGUUUUUUCCAAACAAUAACUCUGUUCCCCUGGUGACGCCCGACGGUUUGACUAAUACCUGGAACAAUCAUUCCCAUCCUAUAAGGUUCUUAUGCAAUGCAAACGUUGUUCACUAUUCCAGGAAAUAGGAAGGACCUUAGAUACAACUUGCCUCCCUUAGCAACGGGAGAUAUUUAUAUAGUCCACUCAGCUCGUAGAACCCUUCACUUAGCUACGAGCCAGAAAGCUAAUGCUAUGCUAGCAGGAACCAAAGUCAAUAACAUUGUGUACAGAUGGCAGUCAGUAAAACUAAUUUGACAGUACGUUGAACAACAAGACAAGCUAGCUAUCAGCCAUGUCAUAGUCCCCAAAACAAUAUAACGACUUUUAUGUGUAACGUUACUGUCGGCCGCAG